CGAGGAUUUGAUUGAAUCGAAAUGGAAACCUCGUCGCCGCCGCUGUCCGAGUCGAUGCUGGAAGUCGCGACCAACCGACUCCGUGAGCUUGUGGAUCAGCUUGCAGGCAUUCGCGCUGUCAUCAUCAAGAGCGCGCCACUGUCCCAGGAGCGAGCCCAGGCCGAGAGCAAUGCACGCCCAGUGGCGACGCGGCUCUCGCUGGCUGUGCUCGAAGUCAAGCGGCUCAACCGACUUGCUGUCAACCACACUCGCGGAAUCAAGGAGGCCACCGAGAAGCGAAAACACGCUGUGGAUCGCGAGCACCUACGCCUGCAGAAUCUGCUGUAUGAAAAGGCCCAUUUGCUGCAAGAGAUCGAGCAAUGUCGGGAGUACGCAUCCAUCCACGACACCAUGGAGCUUGUCUCGGUGGAGGAGCUCUUGGCACACCAGGCCAACAACCCUGCCUCGGGAAGCAACGCGUCGGCCAUGGACACCUCAACUGACAAACCUGUCGACCGGCAGGCUGCAGAUCAUCAGACCACCAUCGCGCGCCUGGGCCUCGAACUUCAGCUCCGAAAAGAACUGCAUGACAGUGUUCAAACUCUGAACAAGCGACGCUUGUUGAUGGAUGACCGGUUGAAUUCGCGCAACGCCGUGCACAACAAGCUACCAGCGCAAAUUGAGGCCUUCCUCAAAGGUGCCGAGCCGCUGCGAACCGAGCUGGCGGGCUCGGCCAUGGAUUCGCUUUUGCCUGCCAUUCUGUCAGGAACUCCGAUGCCAGCAGCGACGUUCGGCAACGCCGAAUCGUUGAAGAAGCAACUCGCGUCGCCUCAAGUGCUGUACUACCAUCAGCAUUUGCUGCUUCCGCGCCCUCUCUUGAUUUUGUUUGUUCAGCUGUGCGGCUACCGCGAAGCUUUCAAAGACCACAAUGUGUCUGUGUCUAUCGAGGGCAACCUGCUUGAUGCUCGUGCCAUGCCUCGCGGACCUACAGCAAAUCUGGAUCUGCUAGAGUCUCUCAAAAAGAGCGCUGCGGAGCACGAGGCGAAAUUGGCCGCUGCCGCGAGUACAGCCGAGUCGGGAAACGCUGCAUCAGCAUCGACAUCGGCCAGCAGCGGCACAUUCGCCAAGCCCCUCGCCGUCCCCGCUGGCACUGCUGCUAGCGGCACCGGCGCCCUUGGAAGUCAUGUGGCGUCUUCGGUUUCGACUGCUUUUGCGAGCAACUCCGUCGCCAACCAGCUCUUCCGCCGCCAUCCGUUGCAUGUGUCGGUCAAGAUUGGGCAUCGCUCCAACACGUCGGUGACCAUCGAGUUCUUUUACCUCGUUCAUCUCAACAUGGUGACUUGCCGUCCUGUCAUUGACAACACUCGCAAAGAGUCUGGGUCCCGCGCUCUCAGCUCCAAGGUCUUGGCCGCGCUCUUCCCGGAUGACAUUGGUCGUGUCUCUCCCAACCCGAGCGCAGGCUUUUUCUUUGCGCGAUUCGGCGUAUCGGCGUCCUUCAACGAGUUGCUCCAUCCGUCCGAGUUUGCGUAUCGCUGGGCACAGUCGAUCUGCGGACUUGAAAGUGCCACAUUGCCCGUUGACGGUGCCGAUGCAGCUCAGUCUGACAGCAUUCAGUACCAGUCUGAUGCGCUGGAGACUGGCCUUGCGCAGGAAAUUUCUGCACGGCGUCACGUCAUGUCGGUGGUGGACACGAUUGCCAAUCGUUUGGGUGCGCGGCAGCAGCUCAUGACGCAGCUCUUCCAGCUCGACAGCGGCAAGCCAACCGACAACCUGCCGGUAACCUUCCCGCUCUUGGAGACCUCGCCCAGCAGCAGUAUUCCGCGCAUCAAGUCGACCAAUGUCACUGACUUUGAGGCAAUGAAGGCUCUGCGUCCCCGGUUGCGUCGAAAGACUCAAGGCGAGGCCUCGGCAACAAACCCUGUCGACGCGGAUGGCAACGAGCUUCAACCAGCUGAAGGCCGCGAUGAAGAUGAGGAUGGCUCUCGCGCCAUGGACACGGAGGAUUCUGACAGCGCUGCCGAGGCUUCUGUCGAUGCCCUGCCAGUCUGGGACGCCGACUCGACCUUGGCGUGUAUUUCUGCGAGCUUGCAGCAUGGAUCCGAAGUGCUGAAGGCGGUGAUUUGCCUGCCCGUGUCGUACCCGAUCAAGCCAAGCGUUGUGCGAGUCGGAUUGGUCGGGGCAAAGGUCACGGAGGCGUUGACAAGCGAUCCUUCGUCAGACUUGGCGCAGCAGAUUCUCGAUCUGGAACAUGUUCUCAACGUACAGCUGCCUUCUGCCCUGAGCUCGACACCCGGACAAUCAUUGAUGCUGUUUUCUGUCCAGAUUCGUGCACUUCAGGCUGCGCUUUUGAGCUACACGACAUCAAGUGGCCAGUCUCUCCAAGCGACGUUCAAUCAGUAGAUGGAAUUGUUGUUGUGAAUGCUCAACCCAAUACAUGUAGCCCGCUUUACCUUCA